AUGGGAUUGCUAUCACGUGUAGUCUAUGAAAGGAUCGUGGACAGAAAGGUUCAAGAGCCCAGCAUUUCUUAUUUCGAUCGUUCAGUGAUCGACUUUUUUUUUUCCUUCCUUCUCUUCCUCUUUCCUCUUCUUCCUCACCCACCAUUAACCUUCACCAAAGAAACCAACCUCCCCCACUAACUUCAAUCCCAAUAUGAACUGGCUCAAGGCAAAGAUGGGGUCUCACGGCUGGGACCUGACGGAUGACGACAUCAAAAAGCCCAACGUCCUCUUUCUCGGACCCAUCCAAUAUGCAACACAGGAGCUCGAAGAUUUUGAGGAGUACUUCACCGUCAAGUAUCACGAAGGAGACCAUGAGGAGCUCAUCAAGCGCUGCAAGAAGGGUAAAUACGACGGAUAUGCCGGUAUUCUCUGGAACCAUCACGGCAGUCAGUUCGGAGUCCUGAACAAGGAGCUGGUAUCACACCUCCCUCCCAGCUUAUCGGUGAUCUCUCUCCCCUCUGCCGGAUACGAUGCUCAUGAUAUCGAAGCCUGCACCGCCAAAGGUGUUUUGGUGACCAAUACCCCAGGAGUCGUGUCUGGCGCAUGCGCCGAUACGGUCAUGUUCCUGAUCCUGGGCUGUCUCCGCCAUUUCACUCAGGGACAGAACAAUCUCCGCGAAGGCAAAUGGUUGACAGGAGUGCCUAUUGGACGUGAUCUUGCUUCAAAAACCGUUGGUGUCCUCGGCAUGGGCGGCAUUGGCAAGGCAAUCGCUAAACGCGCGAAUGCAUUCGGAAUGAUGGUCAACUACUACAACAGGAAACGUUUGGACAUCCGAGUCGAGGCAGAGUAUAACGUCCAGUAUGUCGCGUACGAGACCCUGUUCCGCGAGUCCGACGUGAUCGUGAUCUGCGUGCCCUUAAACGACUCGACGAAGCAUCUGAUCAGCACCGCGCAAUUCGAGAAGAUGAAGCAGGGCGUUGUAUUCAUAAACAUUUCCCGCGGCCCUAUUGUCGACGAGGCAGCUCUCGUCAAGGCUCUGGAGGGCGGCAAGGUUGCUUCCGCAGGUUUGGAUGUGUACGAACAUGAACCCAAGAUUCACGAGGGACUUCUCAAGCAUCCUCAGUGCACGCUCUUGCCCCACAUGGGAACUGACGCUGAAGAAACGAGACUGGAUAUGGAGAAACUUGCUCUUCGUAAUAUCAAGCGGUUCCUGAUGAGCGGCGACGCAUACUUCCCGGUCAACAAGGUCGAGGCAUCCAAACCCCUAGAGCAUCUCAUGAGUGACGGUAUCGAUAUCUCCAAGCUAAACAUCACCCUUCAGUAGCUACUCAUCCCCGGAAAGCACCUUGGCUGCUUAUUUUAGCACAUAGACCUUCACAAUUUUGUUAUAAAAAAAAAAAGUGGAAUAACAUCGUUUAAACAUUCGA